UGCGCAAACUGUUCUACGUCAACAACACCCUUGUGGCGACGGGACUCAGCAGGUCAGCCAUUGUGUAAUGCAUGCGGAUUAUUCUUAAAGCUACAUGGUGUAGUGCGACCUUUGAGCUUAAAGACGAACGUAAUCAAGAAACGCAAUCGU